AUGAAAUUUGAAGUAUCUUUUUCUCAGCUUAAGUAUUCACUUACAGCUUGCCUUGACAUGUUGAGUGGCAUGUUUGUUUACAGUAAAAAUGUUGCAAGAAGUGACAAGUUCAAAACUGGAGUUGAACAAUUUGUUGAGAAUAAAGUACUAAACAAUUAUCAUAGUGAUAUCAUAUUUGGGCAACUCCCUGUCAUGGUGAAGUCAGACUUAUGUUGGCUGAAAGGGGUUGAGAAAGGGGAUUGUGAAUUUGAUCAUGGAGGUUAUUUUAUAAUCAACAGUGCUGAGAAGACCUUCAUUGCUCAGGAGCAAACGUGCCUGAAAAGAUUGUGGUUGUCCAAUGAUCCUCUGUGGACCAUUGCAUAUCGACCCGUUUCAAAAUGUAAAAGAGUUUAUAUGAAAUUAGUUCCAAAAGUGGAGCAGUUCAUGGGAGGAGAAAAGUUCAUGACAGUGUACUUCUCGGUGAUAGAAAUUCCCAUUUGGAUUCUGUUCUUUGCCCUGGGUACUCAAAAUGACCGAGAGAUAGUAAAUUUGAUUGGUUUAGGCACUGAGGAUUGUGCUAUCAUAAAUGUACUGCUCGCAUCAAUACAUGAUGCUGACAAACAGUGCGAGGGGUUUCGCAAGGGGGACAAGGCGGUCCGUCAUGUUGAGAAACUCGUAAAAAGUUGCCAAUUCCCACCUAAAGAAUCAAUUGAAGAAUGCAUCAGCAACUACCUGUUCCCCAAUCUUAAAAGCUUUCAGCAAAAGGCUCGUUUUCUAGCCUAUAUGGUGAAAUGUCUCUUGGAAGUCUAUACAGGCCACAGAAAAGCUGAUAAUAGAGAUGAUUUCAGGAACAAGAGGUUGGAGUUAUCUGGUGAAUUGCUUGAGAGAGAGCUGAGAGUUCACAUUAAACAUGCUGAGAGGCGCAUGGUCAGGGCUAUGCAAAGAAAUCUUUACGGAGAUCGGGAUGUACAAUCAAUUGAACACUACAUGGAUGCCUCAAUCAUAACCAACGGUCUGUCUAGAGCGUUUUCAACUGGAGCAUGGUCACAUCCUUUCAAGAGGAUGGAGAGGAUCUCUGGCGUGGUGGCAACACUGAGGCGAACAAAUCCACUGCAAACAAUAGCGGAUAUGAGGAAAACUCGUCAGCAGGUUUCAUACACAGUGAGGGUUGGAGAUUCUAGAUACCCGUAA